CUUUUCUUAUGAUGGAUAAAACAUCACCAGGACAUGCUGCAGAGUUGCUACAAAAGCAAGACAAAGCUGCAGAAUGCUGAUGUACAAACCUGUGAUAAUGUUAAACCCAUCUCCCACACCAAAGCUGUUUUCCUCCAUCUGCACUUCAAAAAUUAAAGGAGAAAGGUUUUAAACAUUGUAUGAUCCAUCAACAUGUUGCUCCUGCUUUUGUAAUGUGAAUCAGAGGAUAGAAAUGGACAAGCCUUCCAGGCUAAGGAAGACCCGGAAGCUGAGAGGGCACGUCAGCCACGGGCACGGCCGCGUGGGCAAACACAGGAAGCAUCCAGGAGGACGUGGUAAUGCUGGUGGUAUGCACCAUCACAGGAUUAACUUCGAUAAAUAUCACCCUGGUUACUUUGGAAAAGUAGGCAUGAGACACUAUCACUUGAAGAGAAACCAAAAGUUCUGUCCUACUGUCAACCUGGAUAAACUGUGGACGCUUGUCAGUGAACAGACCAGGCUCAAUUAUGCCAAAAACGAGGCUGGUCUGGCCCCGGUCAUCGAUGUGGUGCGCUCGGGCUACUACAAAGUCCUGGGCAAGGGGAAGCUGCCCAAGCAGCCUGUAAUUGUGAAAGCAAAGUUCUUCAGUAGAAGAGCAGAGGAGAAGAUCAAAGAAGUUGGUGGUGCCUGUGUGCUUGUGGCAUAAAAGUUUUUGUUUUAUUCAAAUUUUUUGAAUAAAAACAAUGGGUAAAAUGAAUUGAUAUACAGAA